GCCGCCGUCCAGGCCUGAGCCCCGGGGUACCCGGCAGCGCGAAGGUCCGAACCGACUGGCCCCCCCACCGGCGCGGCCAUGGAGAAGAUGGCCCGCGUGACCACGGCGCUGGCGGGCACUGCGUUGACAGGCCGCACCAUGCACUGCCACCUCGACGCGCCGGCCAACGCCAUCAGCGUGUGCAAGGACGCCGCCCAGGUGGUCGUGGCGGGCCGCAGCAUCUUCAAGAUCUACGCCAUUGAGGAGGAGCAGUUCGUGGAGAAGCUGAACCUGCGCGUCGGCCGCAAGCCCUCGCUCAACCUCAGCUGUGCCGACGUGGUCUGGCACCAGAUCGACGAGAACCUGCUGGCCACUGCAGCCACCAACGGCGUGGUGGUCACGUGGAACCUGGGCCGACCUUCCCGCAACAAGCAGGACCAGCUGUUCACGGAGCAUAAGCGCACGGUGAACAAGGUCUGCUUCCACCCCACCGAGGCACAUAUGCUGCUCAGCGGCUCCCAGGACGGCUUCAUGAAGUGCUUUGACCUGCGCAGGAAGGACUCCGUCAGCACUUUCUCGGGCCAGUCGGAGAGCGUGCGGGACGUGCAGUUCAGCGUCCGGGACUACUUCACCUUCGCCUCCACCUUCGAGAAUGGCAACGUGCAGCUGUGGGACAUCCGGCGGCCUGACCGCUGCGAACGGAUGUUCACGGCACACAACGGGCCUGUCUUCUGCUGCGACUGGCAUCCAGACGACAGGGGCUGGCUGGCCACAGGUGGACGUGACAAGAUGGUGAAGGUCUGGGACGUUACCACGCACCGCGCCAAGGAGGUGCACUGCGUGCAGACCAUCGCCUCCGUGGCCCGGGUCAAGUGGCGGCCCGAGUGCCGCCACCACCUGGCCACCUGCUCCAUGAUGGUGGACCACAACAUCUACGUGUGGGAUGUGCGCCGGCCCUUCGUGCCGGCCGCCAUGUUCGAGGAGCACCGCGACGUCACAACGGGCAUCGCCUGGCGCCACCCGCACGACCCCUCCUUCCUGUUGUCUGGCUCCAAGGACAGCACCCUGUGCCAGCACCUGUUCCGGGAUGCCAGCCAGCCUGUGGAGCGUGCCAAUCCUGAGGGCCUCUGUUACGGCCUCUUCGGGGACCUGGCCUUUGCUGCCAAGGAGAGCCUCGUGGCUGCAGAGUCGGGGCGCAAGCCCUACUCCGGUGACCGGCGCCAACCCAUCUUCUUCAAGCGCAAGCCAGACCCUGCCGAGCCCUUCUCGGGCCUGGCCUCCAGCGCCCUCAGUGUCUUUGAGACAGAGCCCGGCGGCAGCAGCAUGAGCUGGUUCGUGGAUACGGCUGAGCGUUACGCCCUGGCUGGUCGGCCGCUGGCUGAGCUCUGUGACCACAACGCCAAGGUGGCGCGGGAGCUCGGCCGCAACCAGGUGGCACAGACUUGGACCAUGCUGCGGAUCAUCUACUGCAGCCCCGGCCUGGUGCCUGCCACCAGCCUCAACCACAGCAUGGGCAAGGGAAGCGCCUGCGGCCUGCAGCUGGUGAACAGCUUCAACCUGAAGGAUGUGACCCCAGGGCUGGGCAGCGAGGCCCGGCUGGACCGCAGCAAGGGCGAUGGCCGCAGUGACACCGCGCUGCUGGAUUCCUCAGCGACUCUCCUCACCAACGAGGACAACGAGGAGACUGAGGGCAGUGACGUGCCGGCCGACUACCUGCUGGGGGACGCUGAGGGCGAGGACGACGAGCUGUACCUGCUGGACCCAGAGCACGCUCACUCCGAGGAGCCCGAGUACGUGCUGCCCCAGGAGGCUUUCCCACUGCGCCACGAGAUCGUGGACACACCGUCCGGGCCCGAGCACCUGCAGGACAAGGCCGAGUCCCCGCACGUGAGCGGCAGCGAGGCAGAGGCAGCCUCCCUGGCGCCGGCGGACCCCUCCUUUUCGCUCAUCUCCGUCUCACAUGCACUGCACGACAGCCGCUUGCCCCCCGACUUCUUCAGCUCCCUGGUGUGUGACAUGCUGCGCUUCUACGCCGAGCAGGGCGACGUGCAGAUGGCCGUGUCGGUGCUGGUGGUGCUGGGCGAGCGCGUGCGCAGGGACAUCGACGAGCAGACGCAGGAGCACUGGUACACGUCCUACAUCGACCUGCUGCAGCGCUUCUGCCUCUGGAACGUGUCCAACGAGGUGGUGAAGCUCAGCACCAGCCGGGCGGUCAGCUGCCUCAACCAGGCCUCCACCACGCUGCACGUCAACUGCAGCCACUGCAAGCGGCCCAUGAGCAGCCGCGGCUGGGUCUGCGACAGGUGCCACCGCUGCGCCAGCAUGUGCGCCGUCUGCCAUCACGUGGUCAAGGGGCUGUUCGUGUGGUGCCAGGGCUGCAGCCACGGCGGCCACCUGCAGCACAUCAUGAAGUGGCUGGAGGGCAGCUCGCACUGCCCGGCGGGCUGCGGCCACCUGUGCGAGUUCUCCUGACGCGCGCGGGCAAUAAAGAAGCGCAGCCGCCGUCUGA